CACUCCAGGACACCUCUACCCAGUGUGUGUUAGCAGUGUCAUUCCUCCUGUGUGCCCUGAGUAUAGUCGUGCAUCGCAAUGGCGCCCAAGAAGAAGGAAGAGCCCAAAGAAGCACCUAAACCCAAGGCCCCAGAGCCUGAGCCAGUCAAGAUCCCGGAGUUUAACCCCACAGAAGUCGUGCUUGAAUUCACUCCUGAGCAGAUUGAGGAUUUCAAGGAUGCUUUCCAGCUGUUUGACAGGACACCACUCAAUGAGAUGAAAAUCACAUACGGACAGUGUGGCGAUGUGAUCAGGGCACUGGGGCAGAACCCUACCAACGCUGAAAUCACGUACGUCCUUGGAAAGCCCAAGGCUGAGGAGAUGGCGACAAAGAUGCUGGACUUCGACAGCUUCCUGCCAAUCCACCAACACAUCUGCAAAGCCAAGGACCGCGGCACAUAUGAGGAUUUUGUUGAGGGUCUGAGGGUAUUCGACAAACUGGGCGAUGGCACAGUCAUGGGCGCUGAGCUCAGGCACGUUCUGGCUUCACUAGGUGAGAAGAUGAAGGAGGAUGAGGUUGAGCAGCUCAUGACAAACCAGGAGGACGCCAACGGCUGUGUAAACUACGAAGAUUUUGUAAAACACGUCAUGGCAUCUUAAAAAGGCUGCCAAGACACCCGAUAGUUGAAGACGGGGGAUUGUUCAUAUGGUUAUGGAAAGUCCACACCAUGUCCCUGAUCCCAUAUGCUCAUCUCAUGUGCUCAUCCCUAUGUGCCCAAUUGGAUUACAAUUCCAUCAGGUGACGGGACCAAUUAACAUCAACUAAUUGUUCAGUGUUUUCAUUUUGCUCCGCAUCUUGUUCACUCAAAUAACAAAUGUGAUUGUACUAAUCAUUUGUGGAUCAAAACGUGUAAUUAAACAGAAUGAUUCAUUAUUAUAAAUCAAAUCAAAUCAAAUCAAAUUUUAUUUGUCACAUACACAUGGUUAGCAGAUGUUAAUGUGAGUGUAGCGAAAUGCUUGUAUUGUGCAAUACUGUACUUCUGAAUUUUACCUAUCGUAACUGUUUUUCAUUAGUCAUAUUUUCCUUGCCAUGUGACGGUAUACUGUAUUGGGGUCUAAGGUCAAUGCUGCCUCAUGUAGCCUACAUCCAAUAGAGGGUGUCAUUGGUCUAACUAAUAUUCUUUACCAAACAAUCAGCUCACAGUGAUACAUGAAAAGAAACUGCUAAAAAAUAAAACACAUAAAAGGAACAGGCAAACUCCGUAUGGAGGUCCUUCAUAAUCAUACAUCAACAAUGACAAUUCUUCUUACUGUAUCAAGUUAAGCUUCAUGAACAAUCUUACGAAAUCUUUAUGGCGAAAAGAGAUGAGACUCAGUUGGACAUGUGUGCUCUGACAUGUAAUAUAUUUCAUUCACACACAGUCAGUAGCCAUUGUAGUCUCUCUAUCACAUACAUUCACAUUCCAGGCAGACACCAUGUUCCACCUUUUUGUGUCUCCAUUCUUCGCUUCUUUGGUUUAUCAAACCACACAACCUAUGCCACCUUAACGACGCCACUUGAUUUUCCUGGUUGCAGACACAAGAGGGCAGACAUGUAUCAAGUACUGAAAGAAAAAGUACUAUUAAUAUGUCAGAGAAAUACCAAAUUGAUAUAUUAUCAGGAUGAAUAAGAGCUUCAUUUCAAGUAUGAACUGUAAAAAAAAUCAAGCUAGUUUAUAAAAAGUAAAGAGUUUGUUUUAAAUAUUCCAAAUGUAGUGUAUGUAUAGGCCUACAUUAUAUUAACUGGCUUCUUACCUUCCACAAAUAGAUUAAGCCCGUGGUCUGAAAACCAGAGACCUUUCUGUGUUUGGUUUGUUUAACUGAUUGUUCUCAGCAGGAAAACACGCCAUAAUCACCUGGUAUUACAAAUCGGAUUUAAGAUGAUUGGAUAACUGUCCGGUUACAGAUCAGUAGGUCCACAUCAGUCACCAGUGUCCACAUGAUGUCCCCCCCCACCCCCCAAUAUUUCCAUUUCAGUAUACAUUGUAACUUAUUUACCUUUCGUGUGGAUAACGUCUUGCUAAUUUGAUUAUCUGACUCCUAGGAAGAGUACUGUAGAGUGAACAGCAGUCUCUCAACUCAUUGUCCUAAUGUACUGUAGCACUUCGGACAUGUUGUUUUAGCCCCAGUCCCCAUGGCUCAACCCCAGGAAGACCCCCUGAAUGCUGCUCUCUGUAAUAACUAACAUUGAGAUUCAUUAAGCCUGAAUGACUUGAUAGACAAUCCUGCUCUGGAUGGGACGUCUCUUAUACAGUGAAUAAUAAGUUAAAUAAUCUGUCUGUAAACAAUUGUUGGAAAAAUUAC